AUGUCUCUUAGACCUAGAGCCACACCCUCGUCCAAGCAACUAUCCAUACCUGAGGUAUCUACCCAGAGUUCAAGCUCGACCAGUGCCAGCAACGAUAACAAUGAGCCUGAAACUCCAAAAUCCCCAUCAAGACCGCCCACUUUCUCUCAACGUGCAAUCUCGCAAACCCUAACAAGCACAGCAAACCUAGCCAACCUCCUUCCUACAGGCACCCUCUUAGCCUUCCAGCUUCUCACCCCAUUCUUUACCAACAAUGGUGCCUGUGAUUCUGCCACACGCCCUAUGACUUUAAUCCUCCUUGCUGUCCUUGCUCUUUCUUGCUUUCUUGCUUCCUUCACGGAUAGUAUCAAGUCCCCAACGGAUGGAGGAGUUUACUAUGGUUUUGCAACUUUUAAAGGGAUGUAUCUGUUUGACUGCCCUGAUCCUGUUGGUUCAGGCUUGCCCGAUUUGAGCAAGUUCAAGAUGAGGUUCAUCGAUGUGGUUCAUGCUGUUCUAUCAGUGCUUGUGUUUGUUUCUGUGGCUUUGAGGGAUAAGAAUGUCGUGAGUUGCUUUUAUGCCAUGCCCAAGCAGGAGACUCAAGAGGUUUUGAAUAUUGGCCCAGUUGGGAUUGGUCUCAUCUCCAGCUUGUUGUUUGUGGUUUUCCCUACCAGAAGGCAUGGCAUCGGCUACCCUGUUACACCAGGCAAAACUUAG